CCCAAGGCACAUGGCCGCCCAUGCAAUGACCUGAACCCAUGACCAGCCAUUGAUCCGCUGGAUAUUGAUCUCGUCCUCAACACCUGCGCCUUGCCAUUCUGUACCACCUCCCAUGCUUGAAGGUCCCAGCUGCGCUCCAGCUGUGCGUCAAUGACCGGCCAUGGCCGACACAAAGGAUCACGCUCAGCAAGCUCCGCCGGAAUCAAAUCCGUCCCUGAGCCACAUUCCCCGUCAACCCUCAUGGACCGGCUCGGUCGACGACAAUAACAUCAACCCAUCGCCACUGCACGGUCGCAAGAGGUCUGCCGACCACCUGCCGACGGAACCGCAUGUUUCGCGCAAAGGCCGAGCCUGUCUGGCCUGUCGCAAGCUGAAGGUGAAAUGCGACAGUCUGGAGCGAGGCGACUCUGGGUGCUCGAGAUGUCAGCGCCUGGGUCUGGAUUGUAUCACCUCGAAGCGGAUGAGAGUGAGUCUGGACGAUGAUGGCGAGAACCCUCACCCUUCAAUUGUUCGGCUGGACAGAGCUGUGGAAGACAUUCUCUCCCGGUUGAAGAUGCCCCCGCUGGAGGCUUACUCUCGCACCCAUCCAUCCCAGCACCUGCAACCACCGCCACAGCCUAUCCCUGCAGAAUCCAAUGCACAGACUACGCGGGAGAACUCACGCGAGCCCAAUCAAGAAGAUGCGCACGAAGUCGCUCCCGCGCCCAUGGGCAGCUUGUACGAGGUCACUCAGCUCAACACCCUGCGGAGCCGCCUAAAGUAUGGCGACCCGGCGCGUCGCAACUCCAAAAGGAACAUGGAGAACGACUUGGUCGCCAUGGGAGUUAUCAGCGUCGAAGAAGCAGAGGAAAUGUUUAGCUUGUUCAAGACCACCCUCUCGCGCUACCUGUUCGACGCCACCGUUCACGAGUCUCGCACACUGCUCUCUGUCCGCGAAUCCUCGACUCUGUUCUUUACAGCCAUCAUCACCGUCACGUCGCUCCAUAUCCCAGGCAAGGAGAAGAUCCACGCGUCCGCGCAUAAGCACCUCAGAGACCUCAUCGCCACUUCUUUCUUCGACCGCUUCCAUACCCUUGAGGAUAUCCGCGCGCUAUGUAUUGCAGCCUUUUGGCUUCCAGACCUCAGCUGGAAACUUUCCGGACAUUGCGUCCGGAUGGCGACGGAGUUGAAUCUGCAUCAAGCCUUCUUCAAAGCCCUCUAUUCGCAAAAACAGUCGGCCAGUGACCGCGAACAUGCAUUCGAGAGGGCCAGACUGUGGUAUCUCCUCUAUGUCCUCGAUCACCAUUUCAGCAUCGCGUAUGGUCGACCACCUGUGACGGCAGAAUUGCAAGCCAUCAAAGAAUACGAUGUCUUUCUGAAUGCGCCGGAAUGCACGCCGUCGGAUCGAAGAGUUCUAUCACAGGUCACACUGUUCAUUAUACUGAGUAAAGCGUACAACCACUUUGGCUUGGAGGCCGAGAGAUUGAUGGAUGGCGACGAUGUUACGCUUCUCACCCACCAGCGAUUUAUCGAGGAUUUGCAUCGGUGGAGAUAUCAAUUCCGGCAUGCAUUGAACAGGGACACCCAUGUGGGCGACUACCCUGCUGUUGGUGUCGAACUCCACUACAACUUUGCGUCGAUGAUGCUCAACUCCCUCGCCUUACGAGGUCGUUCCCUCUUCACCAUCUCCUCCACAGCAACCCUACCCACGUCCCUGCGACCACUUGCAUCGCACGCGAUCUCCUCGGCGCACCAAAUCCUGAUCAUCGUCCUUGAAGAACCGUCCAUUCGGGACUCGAUGGUCGGGGUGCCUCUGUACUUGCACACCGUGAUCGCCUUCGCGGUGGUCUUCCUGAUCAAGAUGUCGAGUCGGUGGACGGGGAUAGGCGUGAGCAUCGACGCAGAGGCCCAGACGAAACCGCUCAUCGAGAAAGUGAUUGAGUUGUUCAGGAGCUGCAAGGCUGGCAAGGGGCAUAUCCUGUACGCGAUGGCCGACGGGUUUGAGAGAUUGCUGAGGCGCAACCUGGUGGGCAACAACGGCCAGUUUGGAAGGACCGUUGGCGGCGCGGAAAAUGGCACCGGCGCGGCAGGGUAUGCGUCCCUCGACGCCGCGGCGGCCAUGGGUGGUGGUGCGCGACAGAACGGCGGGCGAGACACGCCCUACGCCCAGCAGCAUGCGGGCCAAGUGCAGGGUGGCCAACCCUACCAACCCGCGGAUCUGUACACCUCGUCGUCCCAGACAAACACGCCCUCCCUCCUCCCGCCGCAACACACCACGACCUCGCCGACUCCGUUCACCCCAACAGGCGGCACGCAACAGCAGCAACAGCAGCAACAGCAACACUCCAAUGGAGGAGCCGGGUUCGACCCCUACGCCCUCUCCCCGCACUCCCAGCCCACGUCCACCUCGGCGGGCACCUUUGGCGGCUGGCAGACCGAGGACGACAUGCUCUGGAGCAUGGGCAUGGGUUACGACCUGCUGGCCACGGCCCCGGACGUCAACGCCCACGGCCUGGGCGCCUUUGUCGGGUGGCCUGGCGGAGGCGGCGGGGGCAGUGGCGGCGGCGGCGGGAGCAUUGAUUCGUACUCGCAGGGGUUGUGAGUCAAAAAGACCUCCUGUCUACGUGUGGAUGGAUGUAUCUACCUUCAUACCUUUCUGGUCGCUAUAUAUACGCUGUAUCUACGUAUAGGUAGCGGGGGGGAGAGGGAACAGUCUUUUCGGUGUGUAUGUGUGGUAUGACAAUGCUGUGCCCAUGAUCUAUCUGGUCAGGCGAGGCUAUGUAGGGGUGGAAUCUAGUAGGAUAUGCCAGCGAACGAUUAGCGAAUGUGUAGUGCGAGCGAGCAAGCAAGCAAAUGGUCACGGCGCGAAUGACAAGGCUGGAAAAAAGGGACGGAAUGGUGAAUUGGAGCGCGAGAACAAAACGACACCGUCUUUGCCCAUGCACGCG